AUGUUCGAGCUACAACGGGCUCGAGACCUGGCGAUGUAUGACUUGGAUCAAUACCAAGAGGACCAGUCGCUCGUAUUCAAUGGAUCAGACUUCGUAUGGUACGACGAGACGCUGAUGCACCAUUUGCCGAUCGCGACGCCGGCGGUCAACACCUCGCUCAGCUCGCCCACGAUGGCCGGCGGUCCCGAUCCGACGGCGCCGGCUGCCGGGAGCGCGACUCGCGGCUUCGUCAGGCCACCGGCACAUGACUAUGCCAACCCCAUCGCUUCCUGGAACUUCGAUGAACUGCCAAAGGCGUUCGAUACGACCUCGAAUGGAUCGAGUACCGCCACGACCCCUCCUGAAUUCGCCUCGGGGCACGACAUGUCGGCGUCGGCGUCGGCUUCGGUUUCGAGCUCACCAUCGUAAGUCGCGACCCCUCGCGCCCGCGCGGUCGCUCCUCCGAGGUUCUCGGGCCCGUAACGGAUCGGGCACUCCUGACUCCCUGAUUGACAACAAUCGAUUUUUUGCGCAAUCCUCAGCACCGAUUUAGACGCCGCUCAACCGCGAUCGAACAAAAGGACGAGGACCGCUUAUAAAGUCGAGGACUCGCCCGAGGGGAGGAGAACCAAGCAGAAGCGCAAGGGUCGAGUCAUCACCCAGCUGAGGUCAGUUCACUUCCAUCGCUCGCUUGCUUCAUACCGCUGUCGCCAAGCUGACAAAGUCAAGUUCUAUGCUCGCCUUCACAUUCGACUUCCAGGGAGAUGACCGAGGCCGCCAAGGUGCCAAGAAAAACCUCCACGGAGGUGCAAAAGGCUGUGGUCGGAGCGCUCAACCUCGCCCCAACGUGCUCGAGCUCGAAAAUCACCGAGACCAAAUUGGCCGACUCGCUCGGGUGGCAUCUCAUCAACCGUAAGCAUCCACCAAGAAGCCGUGUGAACACAUAGAAUGGGGAGAGGAUCGUUACUGACACGACGUCUUGUCUUGGACUCCUUCAGUGUCGAAUCAGGAGCUUGGUUCUUUCUCGGCCCACAAGCCCCUGAGGGACGUGCGCAGGGCUUGGCAAUACCUCUGGUACAACAUGUCGAGCACGAAUCCCAAACAGGCCAAGUUCAAUGAGGUACGCGUUAAUCUGUUGUGGCAUGUGCCUCAUGCUGACUCGUCUACACCCUCUGCGUAGGUCAUCUACUACGCUCUCGCCGCUUUGGGCGCCAGAAGAUCCACACACUCGGCUAUCGUCGGCUUUGAUGGGGCUCGAGCGACCCAGGAUGCCACGCCAUCCGAACUGGUUAAGCUUCAGCUCGGAGUUCGUCGCGAACAAGCCUGUCGUCGCCUUGUCGACAUUGCGAUCGAAAAGCUCAUUUCGUCCGGUCUUUUGGAAGAAGAAUCGAUCGAAAGCCACGAUGCGAUGACCAUGACAAAGAUCAUGCUGUUCGGUAUGUGCCCCGAGCACGUGUUUACGGCCAAGGUCAUCGAUAACCUCAAGCAACGCACGGUAAACCUGUACCGAUCGAAUCCGCACGCCGCUCUCAAACACAACAUGGGCCACGAGCUGCUCAUCUUUGACACGUUUCAUUCUGGUGAGUAGUUAUAUUCCUCCCCACCUCUCUGGGAACAUUUUCGUAGGUACGUACGCUCGUCACUGACUUUGGGGCUUUGACGAUUAGCUGCGCGUGGUACCCCACCCACAGUACAAGACGACGAGCUGCACAUCUUUGGCUGGCAACGACUCGAAGACCCUACUCAAGGGGUGUUGAGAUACGCUCCCAUGGCCCUGGACGACACCUCGGAUGCCGAAAUUGGGAAAGAGCCUCAAGCUCGAUCCAUCUUCGAACCCUCGGACGCUGCCCACGGUGUUUGCGAAUGCGAUGCAGUGCAGUCGAAGAUGAUCCACGUCUCACAGAGCGCGGCGUUCCAAAUGACGCUGGUGGCCAUAUCAAUCUUUCGCGAGUUGAACGAUCUGCGGCGAAGAGGUGCGUUGUUCGGUAUGCCUGAUAAAUGUAAAUAUUCGGCGCUGAUAGUCUGGGACUGAUGCACCGUGAAUCGACUUUGUGCACUCUAGACCCUCGACCGCUGCAAGAAAUUCUUCCGACAUUCGAGCGUCUUUUUAUCGAUCUCGACAAGCGUAUGCACGACACGAUUGCCUCCAUCUGCUCUUCCCUCCUCUUGCCACACCUCUUGAUGGUACCCCACCUGACUCUGGCCGCCUUGUUGACCGAGGCAAAUCGACGUUGUCAAAGUCAAGCUGCGUCCAACGAAUACGUGACCGGGUUCCUCGUUCGCGCUCAGUGUCGUUUCUUGGGCUGGUUGCACCUUUUCGUAAAAUACAUUUCAUCGGUGGGUCAGAUUGCCGGUAUCCACUUUCACCCAAUCUCCUUCGGAGCUAACGAGUGAGCUGUCGAACCGUUGACACCACAGAUGCCGUUGGAUCCGAUCCUGAUGCAUACCCGUGCCUUGAUGCUCAUCAAGCUCGACUGCUUGGAAGGCUGGGUCGAAAUCGCGUUUAAUGGCGCCAAAGAGCACGAACUUGGGUACGGCCCGCUUUCGAACGCCGGGUUUUCAUUGCAAGACCUGCGCUCGUUGCACGAGACCGUCAAGGAAGCGACCAAGAUCUUCGCGGUUGCGACCGAGCGCGAGGCCGAAUUCACUCGUGGGUUCAAAAUGAUGGGAUUGACAAAUGGGCAGAACGGUUCGUUCAAUCCGCCCGACAAGCCGGUUCAAGUCCCUCGACUGGAAGCGGAGGAUUUGGUCGCGGAGGCACUCAGGGCGAUCAUGCAAGGGGUUUAA